CUGUGCGCUAUACCCGGGUCCUGGUUCCACCCGUCGUCUUGAUGAGUGCAUCGACCUUCUCCGACGCCUCUCUCUCGCGCGAAGCCCAGAGUUCUGACUUUGACCUCACCAUUCGCCAGCAGCCCGACCGGGCGCGCGUGGCUGGGGGCAAGGAGAAAGAGCGCAAACCUAUCGAUCCACCUCCGAUUGUCCAGCUCCGGGUGCGUGAGGAGGGAUCUUAUCUUGCACAACACUAUCUGCAAAGUCCCUACUAUUUUAUGUGCUGCAGCUUGUAUGAUGCUCAAGAAGAUCGUCCAGUCCCGGUCGCGCCCUCGACCGCCUUAGCUGGAACCCUAGUCUCGUCUCUUCACCGGUUGAAGGACGUGGACAACAGUGAUGGAGGGUUUUUCGUUUUCGGAGAUCUGUCGGUGAAAAUGGAGGGUGAAUUUCGAUUGAAAUUCACUUUAUUCGAGAUGCGAAGAGAUCAAGUCACCUACCUUAAGACCAUCAUUUCAGACCGUUUUACAGUGUCGCCCCCCAAGAGCUUCCCUGGCAUGAUGGAGUCCACCUUUCUCUCCCGCUCAUUUGCCGAUCAAGGAGUCAAGUUGCGCAUUCGCAAGGAGCCCCGGACCAUGAUCGAAACAAGGAAACGACCUCGCCCGGAUGAGUUCCCCCAGGCACUUCCUCCUCGAUCUCCGGAUCGUCAAGCCGUCCAAAUUCCUCCUGCAGCGACAGGAUUUGGGGGUUAUCCAGCUACCAAUCGGGAUUAUGCCUAUUAUGGAGCACCGGUAAAACGCGCGCGUACCUCUAUCGAUUAUGGGCGGCAGAGUCUCUAUCCAGACAACGAUGGUCGUAUGGCUCGUCCUAUGGAGACAUACGCCCAACAGCCCACGAUGUAUGGGCAACCCAAUGCGUACCAGACUCCGGCAAUGCAGUACUCGACAGGCCAGGUGGUGCCAGAUUACGGGAUGCCUUACGGUCUCCCACCGUCAAAUCCAAUGUCCCAGAUGCCCGACCCAACAGGCCAAGCUCGAUCCAGUCAACAAGCCGCCGUGGGACAGCUGAUGGCGAUGAACCAACAACCUGGUACACCUACCCCAGAUUCGACAGGAUCGAUGAUGGCCCAGGGAUACCCUCGGGCUACAUACUCGACUGGUUCUACUAUUCUCCCUCCGUUGCAACGAAAUCGCAGCUAUCCGGCUGGCACCAAUGGAACUGGCACCCCUCGAGGCUAUUUCGACCCUCCAUCCCCAUCGGCUACCCCAAUUCUGCCCUCGCAGAUGGCCCCCGAAGGUGACCGAUACGGCGCUGCCUUUGACCCUUCCGGAUCUCCUAAUGGAACUCCUCAGUGA